AUGGCUGUGAACGGACAGAUCUGGAAGGCAAAAAAGGAUCAGGGUGUCCCAGUCUACGUCAUCAACCUUCUCUUUUCUGAUCUCAUUCAGUUCUGCGGAAGAAUUACAUAUUUAGUUCAGUCUAGGUAUGAUAUUGGCUAUCCCAUCAUGAACUUUGGUUUAAUAGCCAGUGUUAUAUUCAUGGUCUGCAUCUCCUUGGAAAGGUAUUUGGUCAUCGCCAAGCCACUGUGGUACAGAUUCAGGAGAAACAUCAAGACCUACGUGGUGGUCUGUGUUGUGGUCUGGUCUAUUCCUCUUUUAGCUGUGCUAAUUAUGUAUCUAACUACUGAUUAUAAAACUACUGAUAUUUUUUUUGAAAUCAUCUUCCCUUGUGGGAUCCUCCUGCCCCUUCCAGUCUUCAUCUUCUGCUUGGUUGGGACUAUUAAAGCUCUGUCUGGAUCCCUAAGUGUCCCAGCAGAAGAAAAAAGACGAAUCGUAGCCAUUCAGGUUGUGGUGCUGCUAAUUUACUCUCUGCUUUUCCUGCCCAUGGCUGGUUUUUACAUGCCAAAGGAAUCCCAAUUAAUUCCUUAUAAUCUGUUAAUGUCUUGUAUUUACCUCAGUCCCCUUGCAGACACAACUCUGUAUUUGUUGAGUCGGAAAAGCUUCCUGGAUAAGUUUCUGGCUUCACUCUGUUCUUGUAAAGCAUCAGACAAUCAGGAGAUGAGCAGCAAGGAUACUGAAAGCACGACUGCUCCACAUACUGAGACGGUUUAG